GGAAAGGACCAGUAAAGCACGCCGGUUAUUCUCCCAAAGUCGCUCUGUCUUUCUUACAGUUUAUUUUUCUCUAUGACAAACACAUUCAGACAUUAGUCAGUAUGGGACUUUAAACAGUCAUACUCAUCUGGUGGAUUUCUGCGCUUAUAAAAGAUCGUAAAAUUGACAGAAUGGGAUUUUAGUGUCAUUAUGAUGCAGCUGCCAAUAUGACACGUUCCGUGGAUUCUCCCCGCAGGCGAAGAUCCGGAGAAUGAUGGACGAGAACAAGCCGGAGAAUGAUGGACGAGAACACUGGAUCGAUGGCGCGAUCCAGUGCGCGAGUCAGGAGGUGGCGAACCUGCGCGCGGAGCUGACAGCCACCGGUCACAGACCGGCGGAACUCGGCGAGCUGGAAGAACCAGGAGAACCGCAGGAACAUCAGCAGCAGCAGCAGCAACAACAACAGAACCACCACGAUACACCAGUGCAAAGGCAGAAAGCUUUGACUGAGCUUAGUCAAAGAAGUGACAUUGUUAUCCAGGAUACAUCAUUAGAUAAAGUGCUGUUGCAUGAGGAGGUGGUGCAUUUGCAGGAAGAAGUGUCUGUGUUAAAGCAGGUGAGGGAGAUGUUGAACCGUGAGCUGGAGGAGACGGGAGGAGGCUGCUCUGUGGAGCUGCUGUCUGUCUCACAGCUGCAAGUGCAGCUGACGCAGAAAGAGCAGGAACUGGACAGAGCCAAGGAGUCAUUACAAGCAAUGAAGGCAGACCGGAAGCGUUUGAGGUUAGAGAGGACUGAUCUCGUGAAUCAAAUGCAGCAGCUGUAUACAACACUAGAGAGCCGUGAGGAGCAGCUACGAGACUUCAUUCGCAACUAUGAACAACACCGAAAAGAGAGUGAGGAUGCGGUGAGAGUCUUAGCCAGAGAAAAGGAUCUGUUAGAGCGGGAAAAAUGGGAUUUACGUCGGCAAACCAAAGAGGCCACUGAACACGCCGGUGUGCUCCGCUCUGCACUGGACCUGAAAGAGAACAGGAUAAAGGAGCUGGAGGCUGAACUAGCUAUGAUGAGUAACUUUAUGGCUCAGAAACUAGAGAGCCGUGUUUUCGUUCGCUCUCCAGAAAGACCAGCCUCUCCUAAAAACAUGUCGGCAAAACAGUCUUUGGCUACGCUCACUAAGGAUGUUCCUAAGCGACAUUCGUUGGCCAUGCCUACAGAGACUGUCGUCAACGGCAACCAAGAGUGGGCGAUGCAUGCAGAGCUUCCUCUGACUGCGGCGAUACGACAGAGUCAACAAAACCUUUACCACUCAAUGGACAGACAGGUGUUGAAAGCAUCGCCGUGUGUGUGUGAUGCUGAUAGUGUCAGUAUAAUGUCAUCAGCUGCAGCCAGGAUCAGUCCUUGUCACUCCAAACAAGCGUCGGUCAUCUCAGAUGCCUCUGUAAUGGAGGGAGAGAGGUCAUCAACACCAUCAGAUUCACCACGACAUAGAACACACUCUCUCUGCAAUUCUCUGGAGGAUCUCGAGGAGCAGAGACGCAGGAAGAAGAAGGAGAGGAUGGGGCUGGGCUCUCUGUCACGGGUGUUCGGUCGAGGAAAGCAAAGGAAGUCCCUGGACCCCACUCUGUUUGAUGACUCAGACAGUUUAUCAAGCCCCGCCCGCCUCAGUGUGAGUCUAUCAGAAUGCGAGGAAAAGUUGGAUCGGCUGCAGCAGGUGGAGCUCGCGCGGACAGUGCCCAUGUCCCGCUGGCGUGCUGGAACCGUGCAGGCGUGGCUGGAGGUGAUCAUGACAAUGCCAAUGUACAUCCGGGCCUGUGCUGAUAACGUUAAGAGUGGCAAGGUCUUGUUAGUUCUUACUGAUGAGGACCUGGAGUGUGUUUUGGGUGUCAGUAAUUCAAUGCACCGCAGGAAACUCCGUCUGGCUAUUGAGGACUACAGGGAUGCAGAAUCAGGACAUGGGCUUUCUAAAGCAGCGGACAUGGAUCAUCACUGGGUUGCUCAGGCGUGGCUGACUGAUGUGGGUCUCCCUCAGUACUCUCAGUUUUUUCACAAUCACCUGGUGGACGGACGUCUCCUGAGUACACUUACACAUACUGACUUAGAAAAACAUCUGCAUGUGUCUAAAAAAGCCCAUCAGAACAGCCUGCUGCUGGGAAUACAGCUGCUACACUCUCUCAACUUUGACAAAGAGAUUCUGCAAUCCAGGCGAGCAGAGUGUGAAAAUCAAAACAUACAUCCAGUGGUGUGGACUUGUCAUCGCAUCAUCAAAUGGAUUAAAGAGAUUGAUUUGAAGGAGUUUGCUGACAAUCUUCAAAAUAGUGGGGUUCAUGGUGCCGUCAUGGUGUUGGAUCCCUCCUUCAACUCUGAUACCAUGGCAACGGCUUUAUGUAUUUCAAGCAACAAGCACAUGGUGCGCCAUCACCUGAAUGAAGAGAUGAAGGUCCUUGUCAGUGCAGCCAGGGCAGGACUUGACCAGGAAGUUGAACCUUUGGGAACUCCACCGACACUACACCGGCGAAGUUCUCUAAGAAGCUCAUCACCCAGUUGCCAUGAUGAUCAACAGUCUUUAAGGAGGGAGAAGCAGCUUGGUCUAAGCCCAGAGAAUUUAACUGGAUGGAAGAACAGUCACCUGAACAGGUCUGGAUCAUUUCCAAGGAAUGGACUUCAGGAGGUCUCACUGCAAAGAGAGCGCUACCCAGUUCGACAUUUUUCUGCUACUGAGCUCACCAAUGUCUGAGCCCUUCUAUCAAGAACACUGUUGUAAUACAGGACUCUUUCUUAUUGCUCCCAAAUGGGGAGAUGUUGUUUUAUUUUUUGAUGAAAGUUCAUUUUUUUCAGAAAACAAGCUUGGACUCUCUGUUUGCCCAUGAUGGUCUUGGCAACAUGUUGUAAGCCUUAUGUCAUUGUUAGUAUAGACUUAUUUGUCUCAAAGUGAGAGUGUUAAUAUCACAUUUGAAAUAGCAAAUACACACAAAGCAUUCAUUUAUCGGUUUAGAUCUCCACAAUGAAAAUCGUGUAUACGUUGGAACUUCUCAAUAAAAUGAAUAUUUUUAGAUUGAAUGUGUUUAUUUUAGAAAAUAAACUGUUAGAACAUCAGUUUUACAACUACAUAAUAUACUACUACAUUGUAAUGUAUAAUGUAGUUGAAUAUAUAUGAAUUUUGUAAAUUUACAUUAAUGAAGUUCAUGUCAACCUAAUACCAGGUUCAGAGAUUAAUUAGUCCUGUGAUCUUAAGAUGAUGCCAAGUAAAUAGCAUGAGAUUUUUCUUCAAGUAUCAUUUAACAAAUAUUUUAUCCAAAGCAGUAUACAUACACUCACUAUACUGUAACUGUAAGGUGCUUUGUGACCAACCAAGGAAUAAUUGCUUUUGCACAUGAACACAGUGAUAAUAUGGUAUUUUACCCAAUCACAUUGCAUGUUUUGAAUAAUAUAAAAUUUCUUUAAAUUUGACUAUAGCCCUACCUGCUACUUUUAGGGGCCCAGCUGUAAAUCACAAAACCCAAUAUCGUGUAUAUAUUUCUAGUAUGCUACAAUCAACCCCAAGGUCAUGUACAUUAGUAAGUUGUAUCUUGCUAAUUUGUUGAGUUAGUGAGAAGGAUAUGUUGAAAGUGAAGGUCAAAGAGGCACAGCUGUCUCUACUGCUGCUUGCAUUCAGUGAACAAGUUUGGAAAGAUCAAAGAUAUGACAGAUUUACAUUGAAAUAUCAAGUAUGGCAGGCGACUUAUCAAAGCAGUUUAAAAUGAAGCACAUAUGUUUACUGUAAUUACUUUAGGCGGAAGCCAAGAUUCAGUUCAUCAUGUUCUCCAUUUGGUUUUAAAGGGAUGGUUCACACACACACACACACACACACACACACACACACACACACACAAACACACACAAUCUGUCAUUAUUUACUCAUCCUCAUGCUGUUCCAAACCCAUAUUGGUUUCUGUCUUCCAUGAAGCAAUAAGACAUGUUAGGCAGAAUUUUAGCCUCAGUCACUAUUCACAUUUAUUGCAUAUUUUUUCAAUGCAUGAAAGUGAACAGUGACUAAGACUAACAUUCUGCAUAACAUCUCUCUGUUUUGUUCCAUAGAAAAAAGAAAGCCAUACGGGUUUGGAACAACAUGCGAGUGAGUAAAUGAUGACAUAAUUUUCAUUUCAGGGUGAACUAUCCCUUUAAAUUUAAUUCUUCCCUCCUGCAUUUCUGCCCCAUGUAUCCAAGCACAAUAAAUCAAAAAACAAAUCUUUCAGGUGGUGCUUUUGUUCAUCCAUUUGCUGUAAGUUGUUGUUAAGUCUUUGUUCUGAUUCCACAUAUUUCUACAGCAAUUUAUUACAGGUCAUAUUUGCAGUACCCACAAUUUCCCACACAGGAUUAAUAAAGUACUUUAUCAUACUAAGAAAAUACAUAAUACAUAUCAGAGUUCUCCCUGUUCUGUGUAUUGUAGCAUGCCGUUCCGUAGCUUAACCACAGUAAUGACCACAGCACCUUGCCUAUAUGUUGAACCUUUGUCCGGCAUCAUAAACAGUGCCAGAUUCAUAACUGCCCAUAAAGUAGUUAAAUACUGAUGAGCGUUUGUUCUGCUCUAGGAAUUUUCAGUAUGUGUUUGAGUGAAUCCUGAUAGACAUACUGUAUUUAUGUGGGUGCCGCCAGGUGAUCUAACAUGAAUUGUCCAGAUUCUCUUCAGUGCUGUGGUAAAUAAGUCCCAUAUUUAUGAGAUUACAUGCUCUCCUGCAGGGACAUAAAUUCUUGUCAGCAUACCAAAAGUUCUUCAAUCAUCCUAAAGCUUACCAAUUGAUUCUGGUACAGUGCAAGCAAAAAAAAAAAAAAAAAAAAAAAAAAAAACAGAAA